AUGUCGUCCUCCGGGGAUGUACCGACGCUCAAGAUCCUCCUUAUCGGUGCUUCAUCCGUUGGCAAGUCCUCUCUACUCCUUCGAUUCACCGACGACGAGUUCCUCUCACCCGAAGAGACCACUGCGACGAUUGGCGUCGACUACCGUAUUAAAGGCAUCGAGGUGGGCGGCAAACGCUUCAAGCUCUCGAUCUGGGAUACGGCUGGACAGGAGCGAUUCCGAACGCUCACCUCCAGCUACUAUCGUGGUGCGCAAGGAGUCAUCAUCGCCUAUGACGUCACGCAGCGCGACACGUUCGAUGCACUGCCGACGUGGUUUAACGAGCUCGAGACGUUCACUACAAGUGACGACGUGGUCAAGAUCAUCGUCGGCAACAAGGUCGAUAAGGAAUUCUCGCGGGUGGUGACGACGCAAGAGGGGCAAGCAUUUGCCGACAAGAUGGGCUGCCUCUUUGUCGAGUGUAGUGCCAAGAAGGGUGUCGGUGUCAACGGUGCGUUCGACGAGCUCGUGAAUCGCAUAAUCUCCACACCGUCGUUGUGGCAAAAGACAGCACCGGGUGAGAGGAGGCCGGGAGAUAGGAUGCCAGGAGGCGCCCCGGCAGCACAUGCUGCCGACAGCAGUAGAGGAAACAUCUCUUUGACAGAUCCCGGCGGAUACGUCGGAUACGGACUUGGCGUGGCGAGAGAUAGUUGCAACUGCUGA